AUGGGCAACUUUUCCGACUCUCCGGACCAUGGUCGAGACAGUAUACGCGACAAUGGCGUCGCACGUGUCGCUGUUGAGUUCGCCCAGCAGGCCGAGAAGCUAUCGUUCCAGAACCACCAGAACAACGACUCCGAGGUCGCCGUCGAGGCUCGAUUCGUCACACCCCAAGACCCCAUCGUGGUCACCUCGGAAGGCAACAGGCUCCCAGGUGUUCCGCUUGUCGAGGCGCACAGACUGAACGCUCUCAAAGAAGAACUUCAAGAUGGCCCAGCUGUAAUCAAGAUCAAACAGGGGAGUGACACGGAGGAAGAGAUUGACAACGGCGAGAAGUACACAGGCAUGCAGGAAAAGGUCAUCUCGUUACCAACAGACACAAACGGAAAGGAAAAACAAAAGUCGGAAGAGGGCUCCCUUCGUCGCCAGAUGCCGCCGUCACACACCAACCCCUUGUUUCCGCCCUUACCCCUCUACGGCCCGCCGUCCUUGCUUCGCGACUUAGAAUGCAUGAUUUUUCGCGUCACGGCCUUCUUCCUGAGCCUGGCUUUUCUCGGAGUCAUUGUGCUCGGUGCACUCUUCACUAGUAUACCACCGUUGUGCACACGCAUUUUCUACCGCCUAACACUGCAGAAUCCGGACAAGAAGAGACCUUUCUUCGAGGAAGAGGCGCGCAGGAACAAGGUGCGCAAGGAAGAGAACAAUAAAUGGAAGCGGAGACAGAGUCUAGGCAAAGACAAGGAACUCGCCGACGAGUUUGUCCCAACGGAAGGGGGCCCUGACCCAAUUGUGUGCGACGUUGGAUACUAUGCUCGUCGUGUCGGACUCGACGUCGAAGAGAUCCAAGUUCAAACAGAGGACGGCUUUCUCAUCGACUUGUGGCACGUAUAUGACCCCAAGGAGUACACGAGGAUGAGCGAAGACGACAGGUCAGACAGAGGACCCGACAUCUUUACAUCUUCCAAGAAGAAGCUCAAGGAUCCCAGCCAGAAGCGCAAGUUUCCCGUUCUACUCCUCCAUGGCCUUCUCCAGAGUUCGGGAGCGUACUGCACAAACGACGAGGACUCACUCGCAUUUUACCUCUGCAAGUCGGGUUACGACGUCUGGCUCGGCAACAACCGGUGCGGCUUCAAGCCCAAGCAUUCCUCGCUGGAGUACUCCGACCCGCGGAUGUGGUGCUGGAACAUUCGCCAGAUGGGUGUUUUUGACCUGCCGGCGCUGACCUCAAGGGUCCUGUACGAGACUGGGUUCAAGAAGAUCGGCUUGAUCUGCCAUUCUCAGGGUACGACACAAACGCUCGUCGCGCUGGCAAAGGAGCAACGGCCAGACCUGGGCGAAAAGCUGACGGUCUUCUGCGCCCUGGCGCCCGCUGCGUAUGCUGGGCCCUUGAUCGGGAAAAUGUACUUCAAGUUCAUGAGGAUCAUCACGCCGGGCAUGUUCCGGUUGAUGUUCGGCAUCCACGCCUUCAUCCCCUUCAUGAUGCAGAUGCACGAGCUGCUUCACCCCAAGGUCUACGGCUGGCUCGGUUACAAAGUCUUUUCUUUCCUGUUCGACUGGACGGACACGAGGUGGGAUCGAGCUCUGAAGGACCGCAUGUUCCAGUUCGCGCCCGUCUACGUCAGCGCGGAAUCCAUGCGUUGGUGGCUUGGAAGGGAGUGCUUCGCGAGGCACAAGUGCAUCCUCUCCACCAAAGAGGACGUCCGCGCCGAGGAGAAGGAAGACCACAUCAGCGGGCACGAGUCCCAUACCCUCCGGGCCGACGACGCCGACGGGCUCAUGUCCACGCGGACACUAGAGGAAAACGCCCGCAAGCCCAAGGGAUCGACCGCCUGGUACAACGAGCAGGUACCCCCCUUCGCCCUUUGGGUCGCCGGCAACGACGACCUCGUCGACGGCAAGAAGCUCCUCCGCAGAUUUGAGCGGGGCCGCGAGCCGCACGUCAACGUGGUCCACGCCAAGGUCAUCCCCGAGUAUGAGCACCUCGACGUCAUCUGGGCGAUGGAUGCCCCGGAGCAGGUAUUUAGGGAGGUCCGCGAGGUGUUAUGGAAGACGUGCGAUGUGAGAGACGAGUGCCGCGUCCCCAAGGGAUGCGAGAGCGUUGAGCGGUGGACCCCGCCGAACAAGAAGGCGAGUGUGGAGGCGGAGUCGGAUGAGAGCCAGUCCAGCAGCGACGAUGCUGAAUAG